UCACCCCAGGACAUUUAUCAUAUAAUGGCUGGUAAAACACUAAAACUUCUUAAAUUAACUGUUGCAAUGUUGUCACUGGUUAGUAAACAAAGAUUUUUUAGGGUUUGGAAGUCAUUCAAAUAUCCUCAUCAAUGGUCAAAACUUUCAAACCCUAUAAGUUAUGUUGAAAGUUUUAUGAUGUCAGACUGUAUUCAGCUAGGAAUGAUAAUGCCAUUUAUAUUAAAUAGAUCAUUAGAUGCAAACUCUUUUAAACCAACAGAACUAUCUAUUGUGGCCAAAUGCACUCACUUAGUAUUUAAAUUUCCAUUAUCAAUCAGUGACUACAAAGAACUUGAAAAGAUUCUAAAAGAAGAAAGAGAAGUCUUGACUAUAAAUGUUGAAUUUGAGUUAUUAAAACAUUACACAACUCUUCAGUCUAUUCGGCAUUUAAUAGACGAUGGGCUUGACCCUCAAUAUUCACGAUCUAAUAACGAUUUUGUUAACAUGCUUCAAGACUCUAAGCAUUUAUUCAGGAAUUGGUUUAUUACAGAAAAU